AGCGUUAUUAAUACGGUUAUUUUAAUUAUUAUCAUUUUAUAACCAUAGAGUGUUUUUUUCAUCUAGUUGUCUACCUUGACUUAGAUCUAGAUAAUAGACACAAUUCUUUUAUUUAGAAGUUUAAAAUUACUCUUCUGACUUCCAAACAAAAAUGUAUGUCCCACUACUUGGAGAAGUAUCUCUUUGGCUGCUGGUAUUGGUGGGCUUGUUGUCAGCUUUUUAUUUCUAUGCUACUAGUUUUGUGGGAGUCUUUAAAGCUUUUGGCAUACCUGGCCCUGCCCCAUGGCCCAUAAUCAAUCACCUGCCCGAGCUGCGGAAGCACGGCCUAUCCAAGAUGCUAGAUGAGUGGCGAUUAAAGUAUGGAAACAGCUAUGGCAUCUACGGCAUGUUUCCCAGGUGCCCUACAUUGGUGACAUAUGACGCAAAACUUCUUGAGCACAUCAUGGUAAAAGACUUCAGCAAUUUUGUGGACAGGGUUGGACGGAACACUUCUCUAAGUGUUGUCGUAGAAGGUCUGUUCUUCUUAAAUGGUGACUAUUGGCGUAGAUCUCGUCGUGUGAUGUCACCAAUGUUCACGGUCGAAAGACUAAAACAGAUGUUGUACCAUGUCAACACAAGUGCUGCUCUAUUGCUAGAGUUGAUUAAGAAAUACAAAGCUCAGGGAAAGUUGAUUCCUCUCAAAGUUACAGCUGGUAAAUAUACGUCUGAUGUUGUAGUCCGUGUGGGGUUCAGCAUUGACUCAAAAGCUCUGACAGACGAUAACAGUGAAUUUUCAUACAACAUAAACAAUUUUAUACGCAUUCCUGCCACUCGUCUGCAGGAUAUUCUUAGAUCUAUUGGAGAGUUCUUUCCCCCUGCAAUGAUUUUUGGGCUAAAAUAUUUCAAUGAACAAGUCGAUGCCAUUUUACCUGAAACUAAUAACUACUUUUUAAACUUAAUUAAAGACUCCAUUGAUAGAAAACUUCAAGAGCGAUCUAAACCAGACUUUAAAAAGCCAUCUCAUGUGGACAUGCUGGACAUGCUACUGGACGCUGAGGUGGAUGAUCAGACAGGGAAACAUCUGAAAGCUGAUGACAGAAAGGUCACUCGCAAUGAAGUAAUAGGCAACUCUGCCAUUUUGAUCUUGGCUGCCUACGAGACAACGUCCACAGCCUUGACCUCGAUACUGUACCUGCUGGCCAGGCAUCCAGACAUACAAGAUAAACUUAUAGAAGAGGUAGAUGAGGUCAUGCAAGGUCAGACUACACCCAGAUAUGAAGACUUGUCAAAAUUGGUUUAUAUGACACAAGUCAUCUAUGAAUCACUACGUAUGUUUCCCCCAUCUCCAGACAUAACAAGACGAGCUUUAGAGACGCGGACCUACAAUGGGUUCACCAUUCCAAAAGGGGUCACCAUUUUUAUCCCCAUCUACAAGAUCGUGAAAGACCCACAUUAUUUUCCUGAUCCCUACAAAUUUGACCCCGAGAGAUUUUCUCCUCAAAGAAAAUCAGAAAUAGAUCCUGUCACAUUCUUACCAUUUGGAUUUGGCAGACGCCAGUGUGUAGCGAAAAGACUGGCAUUGAUGGAACUUAAGGUCGUAUUGUGUUUGUUACUGUCAAAUAUGAGGUUCAUUCAGACAGAGAGGACAGAGCCUAAAAUAGGAACAGAAUGUGAAUAUUUACAUAUAGAUGGUUUCUUUGUACCCAAAAAGGCCAUUGAGCUGGAUGUAGUGAUCAGGGAAAAAUAGUAACUUAUAAUUUUUGUAAAUUAUGUCAGUGCCAUACCAACAUUUUCAAAAAUAGUUUUUUUGUAAAUAACAAAUCUUUGUUAUAAGAUGACAGUCUGUCCUAUGGACUGUCGAGAAAGAUGGCUGCCUGGUUGUGUGGUAUGUUCUCUGGACUGUCGACCCAAUUGUCCCUAGGUCAACCCUUCCUACUGUCAUCCUCAGUUAUCCCACAGAGAUUUCGGGCUCAUUUUCAAACCUGAAGGAACAUCCAAAACAAAAAAAAAGGCUAGAAAUCACUUUGCUUGAAUUUUGUUUUUUUUAAAUUAACAGUUUCAAGUUGGAAUUUGUUAAAAUAUUUUGUAUGACUUUCAUACUAAAUUUAUUUCCAUGUACUCAGAAAUUUUAUUUUUACACAAAAAUUUUGCUAUUGCUUUUGGAAUGUCCAUUAGUUUAUGUUGUCAUUCCAUUGUAUAAAUGCUUUUUUUUUCAAUCCUGCUUAUCUUUUCUUAUUUUUGUAAUUUUAGAAAUAGAAUUUUUUUCUUGUACUACAUAUAUAUUUUGCUUUAUAUGUACCUCUGCUAUAUAUUGAAGUGUUAUAAUAAAAAAAAAUAGUCUGGUUAAUUCUGAGUUUUCAUUUUUUUUCCAUAUAAAAAUGAAAUACCAGUACUAAAUGCCCAGUACCAUUUAGGAAAAAUGUAUAUUAGAUUAUUUUGUUGAUCUAUAAGAUUUAUUUUUGUACUGCUUUAGUAAUAGAACAUGCAAAAUAAAAUGUUAUUCCAAUAGAAUGAGCACUUGAUCAUAUUAUUUAUAUGUGUAAAUCACAUUGUCAUGUAUAUGCCACAUACAGUUUUAUGUGUGUGAAGCUUUAUGUAUAUGUACCAAAACCUGAAUAUUGUUUGCUUAGUUAUUUUUUUCUUGUAAUUCAGGUUUUGUUGUUGUUUUAGAUUGUUAAACUGUAUUUUGCUAAUAAUCUUUGUAAAUUGUCCUUAGCAGUUUUCAUUUCCCAAAUAACCAAAUAAAUUGUUUCUUUUCAUUUAUGUACAUUGUUUUUAAAUCGCUGCUAGUCUGAUGUUGAUGUUGCUUAUUCAACAUCUAGUGUCAAAUGAGGAAUGUAUUAAAAGAUGUUUCUGCUACUAUUAGUUUGUUGAUGUAUCUGUGGUAUUUUAUGUCUUGAGAGAGGAUUUUUUUCCCUUUUUCAACUUCUUAUGUGACUAAAGAGGCUAAUCUUUGAAUGUGGUCACAAGUUGGUCAUCUCUAAUCACCAGGCUUUGUUGCACUUUCACCCUUCUUUCUACUUCUGGUGUGUAUGCCAUCUGCAAUCCAGGACCAUUCUUUUUAUGCUUGCUCUCUCCAUCUGGAACUAUUCAGUGCAUCAUUUUCCCAACUGUAGCUGCCAACUUUGAAGAGCUUCAUGUCGUGUUUGCAUACAUUAGUAUACCUUAAAAGUGGACGACCUGCCUUAUGUUAGAUCAUCAUAUAGAAUAUCUUGUGGAAGUUGACCAAGUGCCAUUCUGUGAACUUGUGAUAACAGUACUGAUGUCCUGGCACCCUGCUCUUCGCAGCUCAUCCUCAUUUAUUUUAUCUGUUGUGUCAUUUUUGGGAUGUACAUUGCAAGCACGCCACUAAAAUUGUUAACUCUGUUUUUGAAGUCGUUAUGAUUUAUAAAUAUAUUUGUAUUGAUAUUGUCAAUAUACAUAUAAUGCUAACUUAUUAUUGCUUUAGAAUAUUAUAAUGCCAAGAACAUUAUGUACAUUUAACAUGCUUCUUAUAUUUGAAAAGCAUUUUGUCUGCUAAAUAAACAUGUUUUCAGAUACAUGAAAACAUUCCUCUAGCCCUUCAUUAUUAAAAUUGGAUUUAAAGCUAACUGGAAUUUUAUGUGAUUAAGUAAAUGAUUCUACUUUCUGGUAUACUAAUAAAACAGUGCUGUGAAACAAAUUC